GUCUGAGAGCAAAUGUUAACAAGGAAAUCAAUUCCAAAGCCCUUAGCUUCUAGUUGCCCUUUGACCAGCUGAUUUCAGAUUAAAGCCCAGGCCUGGGAAUUGAUCAGGCAUAACCAGAAGGCUGUGCAGAGAGAAAGAUGUGGAAGACUUUCCUGCUGUCCACAGUCUUGACUUGGGGGGUCCUGGGCCUUCUAAUUCCAGCCCAAGGGGACAAGGCUGAUGACCCCAUCAGGACCACAGAAUAUGGAAAGAUACGUGGGACUCACAUCAACAUCAAGACACUUGACAAAGGGGUCAAUGUUUUCCUGGGAAUCCCCUUUGCCAGACCCCCUACGGGGUCUCUGAGGUUUUCUCCUCCACAACCACCAGAACCAUGGAAUGAUGUGAGAGAUGCAAAUAUUUACCCACCCACGUGUUUGCAGGAUAUUAUUAUUUUAGAAAAACUGAUGAUGCUCCUGAAAGUAAACUUCCCUAUUAUUGCUACUUCUGAAGACUGUUUGUACCUCAAUAUCUAUGUGCCGGACCAUGCAAAAGAAGGGGACAGAUUGCCAGUGAUGGUGUGGAUCCAUGGUGGUGGUCUCCUUUUUGGCUCUGCUUCCAUGUAUGAUGGUUCAAUAUUGUCGGCUUUCCAGAACGUGGUAGUGGUCACUAUCCAGUACAGGCUGGGCAUCCUUGGGUUCCUCAGCACUGGGGAUGAGCAUGCAACUGGCAACUGGGGUUACCUGGACCAGGUGGCUGCCCUGAGGUGGGUCCAGGAGAACAUUGCUCACUUUGGAGGAGAUCCUGACUGUGUGACCAUCUUUGGCGAGUCUGCUGGGGGAAUGAGUGUUUCCUCACAUAUUCUGUCUCCCAUGUCCAAAGGGUUGUUCCACAGGGCAAUCAUGCAGAGUGGUGUGGCCAUCCUCCCAGGCUUGAUUUCUUCCAACUCAGAAUCCAUUGUAAGACACAUUGCCAACUUGUCUGCUUGUGAGAAUUACAGUUCGGCUGCCAUAGUUGAGUGCUUAAGAAAUAAAACAAAAAGAGAGAUCCUGGCCAUUAGCAAGCUUUUCAAGAUAAUCCCUGGAGUGGUUGAUGGGAAGUUCUUUCCCAAACAUCCUGAAGAUCUUUUGGCUUCUGGAAAGUUUCACCAUGUCCCCUCUAUCAUCGGUGUCAACAAUGAUGAAUAUGGUUGGAUCAUUCCUGUUAGCAUAGGUAUCUCUAAGUUCAAAGAAGAAAUGAACAGAGAAAGCAUCCAAAAAAUACUGUUGAACCCACUCAUGGGUAUCCCUCCUGAGAUCGUAAACAUAAUGAUGGACAAGUAUUUAGGAAAUACUGAGGAUCCUAAAGAACUUCGAGCUCAAUUCCAGGAGAUGAUGGCGGAAUUAGUCUUUGUUAUUCCUGCCCUCAAAGUGGCCAAAUAUCAACAGAGUCCCACCUCUCCAGUCUACUUUUAUGAAUUUCAGCAUCGACCAAGCAUAUUUAAAGGUAUCAAGCCAGAUUAUGUGAAAGCGGACCAUGGUGAUGAGCUGCGUUUUGUCUUUGGAGCUCCUCUUUUAGGUGGAGCCACAGAAGAGGAAAAACUACUUAGUGAGAACAUAAUGACCUACUGGGCAAACUUUGCCCGCAAUGGGGACCCAAAUGGUGCAGAUCUACUGUACUGGCCAAGCUAUAAUCAGAGUGAAGAGUACCUGCAGCUGGGUCUCCAGCUGUCUGUGGGACGGAGCCUGAAGGCAGAGAAGAUGGAGUUCUGGGAGAAGAACUUGCCUCAGAAAAAGGAAGCAGUGAACCCAGACGACCAGCAGUCAUGAGUCCUAAGCCUAAACUAUUUUUGCUACUGUUCCUUGUCUAAUAAUUUUCAAUCAUUUUCUUUAAAUAAUUCCUCAAUAUCUACUAAAUAUAUUAUACUUUGGAUCAGCUA